AAUUGGUUUCCUUUGUUCUGUUAUAUAUAUACUGCCUUAAUACAAUGGGGAAGCGAUCAGCAAGAACGUCAAACCCAGUUUCUUUCCUGCUGUUUGAAGUACUACUGCUUGAUGUUUUGUUGACUCAAAUUUUGGAAUGCGUCAAAAGCAUAGAAAGCUUUUUCUCAAGACACUGGUCUUCUCCACAAUCCCAAAUUGAAUCUGGUAGUUCUAGUGUUGGGGAUGAGAAGAAGAACCAGACUCAAGAGUUUCCAAGCAGUCCAGUUUCAUCAGCUGGCAGGAAGAAAGACGAAGGACGCAUCUUCAGAGAAGAUGUGGAGAUGCUGAUGGGAAGAUUGGGACUUGUGUGCAGCCCGGUAAGUGAGGUGCUACAGGAAAGUUUUGGUUUCAAUGAUUUUUCAGGGCUAUUCCAGGAGACAGAGCCAAGCUUAGAGGAGGUGAGGCAAGCUUUUGAUGUUUUCGAUAUGAACAGAGAUGGGUUUAUAGAUGAAAAGGAGCUGCAGAGUGUUCUCACUGUUUUGGAAUUGAAGGAGGGAACAGAGCUGGAUAAUUGCAGGAAAAUGAUCAAAAUUGCAGAUGCAAAUGGAGAUGGCAGAAUAGAUUUUCUUGAAUUUGUAAAACUCAUGGAAAAUACUUUUUGUUGAGUUAUUUCAUUUUAAUUUUUUUAUCUUCACAAAUUAAUAACACUUAGAUACGUUC